UGAAUUUUGUCUGUUCCAAAGAUUUACCACAGAAGUAACAAGCAUCCUGAUUGGCUGAGAGAUAAGCAAUUAACAAAAUUUUACAUCAUCUACAGAUUAACCAAGACACAAGCAGUAACGACAAACCAUAAACAUCUUAUUGUUUUUGGCAUGGAAUCAAUGUUUAUAAUUAUGUCCAAUGUUCAAGUGUUUUGGGAUUCUUUUGUUUUUGUUGUUUUGUUAUGUGCCAAUUUUAAUUAAAACAUUUUCUUAUUCUUUAAGAGCACACUUAACAUCGGUUUCGAACAGUGAAAGUAAUGCGCUAUAGAAGUAUGUCUAAACAACUUAUCAGAACUAUAUUAAUAAUCAUGUAAAGGAUAUAAUUUGCCAUUCUUUGAGUUUUGUUUGGGAUGGAUACACAUUUUAGAAAAUCAAUUUUUGCGCCGAAAACUUCUAUUGUACCAAAACUUUCGUCCGUUGGCAGGAGGAAUGAAAAUAGAAUAUGUAUAAAUGUAGGAGGUCGGAAGUUUGAGACCUACAAAACAACGUUAAAAGCUAUUCCGGAUACAAGACUGUCAUGGUUAUCUGAAAACAAAAGUCUCAAUCCUGACUAUGACCCAAGCACAGGAGAAUACUUUUUUGAUCGACACCCCGGUAUGUUUCAAAUGAUUUUAAACUAUUACCGUACAGGGAAACUACAUGUGCCAAUGGACGUCUGCGGGCCGGCAUUUGAAGAGGAAUUAGCUUACUGGGGCCUUGAUGAAACUCAAAUAGAGCCAUGUUGUUGGAAUUCGUAUAGGUCACACAGAGAUGCACAGGAAACUUUGAGGGAAUUUUCUAAUAGUGACAAUGAAAAUGAUAGCGAUGAUGAAGAAGAAAUGGAAAUGAGGGCACGAUUUGGAAUUUCGGAUGAUUUCAUUGAAAAGGAGAAAUCUUGUUGGGAUAAAUUGAGACCACGGCUUUGGACUUUUCUUGACAAUCCCAGAGCGGACAGAGCUUCAAAGAUUUAUGCAAUUAUUUCCAUAGCUUUUAUCAUCACAUCAAUAGCAGUAUUUUGUCUAGAGACUCAUAUACAGUUCCGGUACAAGGUCAACCCUAAUAUAUCAUUAUCCGGACUAAAGGUUUCCGAAACACAGAGGCUCACCCGUCCGUUACUAUUUAUAGAUAUUAUAGAAUAUGGUUGUAAUGCAUUUUUUACUUUAGAAAUAUUUGCACGACUUUUAGCAUGUCCUACAUUUAAAGCAUUUGCAAAAGAACCUCUGAACUGGUUGGAUAUUGUAUCAAUAAUUCCAUUUUAUGCUGCGAGAGUUUUAGAAAUUUUAAGUAUGGAAGGUACUGUGGCCUUUCUUUGUGUAAGUGCACUACGUCUAAUAAGAAUUUUUCGAAUUCUUAGAUUGACUAGACAUUUCAGUGGACUUAAAAUUAUAGGUCAUACGAUUCGUGCCAGUGCUAAAGAAUUACUUCUACUUUUUCUAGUUCUUAUAAUCGGUAUUCUGAUAUUUGCCGUUGUGAUAUUCUUUGCCGAACAGAUUGAUGAAAAUUCGGUGAAUGAUUUUCAAAACAUUCCAAUGGGAUUCUGGUGGGCUGUUGUUACUAUGACAACACUAGGGUAUGGUGACAUGGCGCCACGGACUGGAUUCGGAUACUUAGUUGGUACUAUAUGUGCUGUUUGUGGACUGCUGAUGUUAACACUUCCGGUUCCUAUAAUAGUCAAUAAUUUCACAUUAUAUUACUCUCAUGCUCAAGCUAAGAUGAAACUUCCAAAGAAAACGAAAAAGAUUUUAGUCGGUGCAGAACAUAUGCUUAAGGAAACAAUAUCUAACCAAUCUAUUGCAGAAGAAGAUGAAACUAAACCAGCAACUGGAAACAGUUGUGGGAAAGAUUUUGAAAGAAAAACCAGUGGGGACAGUGCUUUAGGUAGCGAUAAUAACACUUCGCAAGAAUCUCAAAAUGGUACAACUGGUAUAAGUGUAAUAUUUACAGAUGAUUUAACAGACAAUCAAAUUACACCAUCGGACGCCUUAUCCCACCCUCACGCUUCGCAAGAAUCUCAAAAUGGUACAACUGGUAUAAGUGUAAUAUUUACAGACGAUUUAACAGACAAUCAAAUUACACCAACAGUGACGUCAUCGCCUGUUUUAUGUGAUGAUAUUAGGCACCACGUAGACGUUGAUAAUAAUAAUAUACAAACCAGUAAAGAAAAUUGUGUUUUAUAUGAACAUGCGGAAGAACUUCCAAUUCAUCGCCGACACAGACUAAAACGAGGUAGCUACUUUGCACCACAGGGUACAAGCUCAAAGAAAACGUCAUUGACAAGUAUAGACGUGUAACUACGUGCCAGAGUACCAGUUAAAAAAAACGUCACUGACAAGUAUAGACGUGUAACUACGUGCCAGAGGGUACAAAAUCAAUGAAAACGUCCUUGACAAGUGAAGACGUUUAAAUACGUGCCAGAGAGUACCAGUUCAAAGAAACCGACCUUGAAAGGCGUAGAUGUUUAAUUAAAGAAUAACAGAUAUACACAUUUAUUCAGAACAACGCACUGGUUUACAUCAUGACCAUGGAGCUGCUCUCAUGAGAAAUCCUUACAUUUUGAAUAUCCAAUUAUUAUAUGUUCUACUGAAGUCUAUCAUGGUUGUAUCAUUAUUAAAAUUGAACUCCA